UUGAGGUAAGUCUUUCUAUAUCAAAACUGUUGUGGCCGGACGUGAAAACGGGUCAAUUGUACAAUACCUGGAGGACAUGCCCUGAAACUGAAAUUCCUGUAAAAGUGUACAAACCUUGGACUUUGUUGAAAAUUACCUGGAAACGAGAAAAAGAUCUGAAAUUUCUCGGUUUUCUACAUUUUUACAGAAAAUUCAGUUCCAGUGAAUGCCCUCCAGGUAUUUUACAAUUAACCUAGAAAUGGAAAUCGAGAUACCUUUGCCAAGGGAACUUUUCGAAAAACCGCGAAUUUUUUCCAAACAUUUUGUGAACUCGGUCUAAUAAGAAUACCGUAAAAUUUACUGAUUUAAUGAACUCAACAUUGUGAAGACUCGAAGGGGUCGUUCAUGAUUUUUUAUUUAGAAUUUCUUCUAAAACAGCUCGAUAAUUUAUUCUAUGACACAAUUCACAAAAAAUUUAUUAUCAUACGACUGAUUUUGAAGUUAAAGAAACUGUUUCGGAACAAAAAAAAUGAAUUGAAAAUCAUAGAAAUUUGGCCUCAAUCUGAACUUUUUGCAGUGAUAGGAUAAAUUAAAAUAGGAAAUGUGUCAUGGGAUAAAUUAUGGACCCUAAAACAACUGAAGUAGCCGCUAGAGUUUUGAAAAGUUACGCCAUAAUGUCACACACCCAAAGAAAAAUAGCAUGAUCUAAGAAAAAUCUAUUAAAAUUUCAGAUUCAACAUGCUACCACCAGGAACUACCAUUCACCGACAACAACACCAAGUCUCCAACCAUCCACCGACAACAACACCAAGUCUCCCAACGUCAACACUUGGCCAACCACCGACCUCAGGAAAACGUCUAAUUAUAAUUAUCGUUCGUUAUAUUUUUGAGAUAAAUUUUUUAUUUAUAACUAGUGUGAAAUAUAUGAAAACCUAG